AUGGCCGUUCUGUCUGUGUUUUCUUCACAGCUGGCCAGUUUUACAGCCGUUGCUGUGGCCCUGUCACUCACUGUUGUGCUUUAUUUGUCCCUACGUGGCGCCUACUAUGCAUUCUUCCACCCCCUUGCAAAGGUCCCAGGCCCAAAACUCUACGCUGCUUCUUCGUUACCAUACUAUCUCCAUCUACUCCGUGGCGACUGGCAUCAGAGUCUGAAAGAGAUGCAUGACCGCUAUGGGCCUGUCGUUAGAUUUGCCCCUGCAGACAUCUCCUUCAUCACCGCCACCGCCCUGAAGCAAAUUUACGGACACAAGUCUAGCUUGGACGCGACCUUUGUCAAGGACCCCCCUUUCUAUCACAGAGGCAUGAAAGAUCCCACCAUCAUAAACGCCAAUCAUGAGGACCACAAGCGUUUCCGACGACUCUUAUCACAUGCCUUUUCAGAAAAGGCACUUCGCAGUCAGGAAGACAUUCUGAAGCUAUACAUUGACAAAUUCAUCAACCGGCUCGCGCAGAAAGCACACGAUGGAGUGGCUGUCGACCUUGUUUCCUGGUAUAAUUUUGCGACCUUUGAUCUGAUUGGGGAUCUCUCCUUUGGUGAACCCUUUGGUUGUCUUGAUAGUGGUGGCUAUCACCCUUGGGUCCGUCUCGUCUUCCAACACGUCAAAGCGAUUCCCUACAGACAAAUUGCCCAAUAUCUCAAUAUGGGCUUCCUCGUCCCUUACCUUACGCCAAAACGCCUAGUCAAGGCCUCUAAGCAGCACCUUCAACUGAGCCGUGAAACAGCCAUGAAAAGGGUCGCAACCACCACCGACAGAGCAGACUUUAUUUCCUACAUCCUCCGCCACAAUGACGAAAAGGGAAUCGAAACAACUGCUACUCUGCUCAGUGGUGUUACAUUCCAGCUUCUCAAGAACAAGGCGAAACUUGACAAACUGAUCUCCGAGAUCCGGUCCAGUUUUGAUGCUGAAGAUGAAAUUACGCUGGAGCGUGUUAAUCAACUGAGUUACCUUCUGGCUGUCCUCAACGAAGGACUUCGCAUCUAUCCCCCCGUGCCAACCGGUCUACCAAGGCUUGUUCCUUCAGGAGGUGAGAUUAUGGAGCGGUUUUGGAUACCCGAAAAGGCAAGUCCCUGCAAACGAUAUCGCCAUACAUUUUCCAACUUUCGUGAUGCUGACAACUUUGUUCCGGAGCGCUGGCUUGGUGACAUUUCCUACACCAAUGACUCCAAAGACGUGCUUCAGCCGUUUUCUACAGGCCCCAGGAACUGUAUUGGAAAGAACCUGGCUUACGCUGAAAUGCGCCUUAUUCUUGCUCGACUGCUUUGGAAGUUUGAUCUCGAGAUACUUGAAGAUAGCAAGGAUUGGGAUAGCCAGAAAUCCUUCUUGCUCUGGGAGAAGGGUGCUCUGCUUGUUCGAUUGACCGAGGUCAUCCGCGAUUGA